AUAAAUAAUAUAGUGCUUAAAGAAUGGAUAAUUUGGGGUGGAUGUUGGAAGCUACUCGAGUAAAAGUAGUGUUGGGGUGCCUGGCUGGCUUAGUCAGUAGAGCAUGCAACUCUUGAUCCAGAAUCAUGAGUUUGAGCCCCACAUUGGGGAUAGAGUUUACUUAAAAAAAAAAAAAGAAGAAGAAGAAGUAGAAGUUGUGUUAAAAAUUGACACAGUGCUUCGGGCAAGAAGGUAUGGUGGCUUGAACUAAAAUGGUAGAGGUGGUCUGGUGCAAGAUGUACUUUGGAGUUGGUAGAAUUUGUUUCUAGAGUGGGAGUGGGGAUAAGCUGAAGUAGGAUAACCUCCAGGUUUUUGUCUUGAACAACUGAGUGGAUUAUGUGACAUUUACUGAGAUGGAGAAGAGUACCUGGGGUUUUUUGAAGGGUGGGACAGUGAAAGAAAUGUUCUGUUUUGAAUGUGUUGAGCCGGAGGUGUCCAUGAGACAUACAAGCAGAAAUGUCCAGUAUCCACUUGAAUAUAGAAGUCUGGAGAUCAAGGGAGAGAUCCGAACCAGAUGUACAAGUUCUGCAGGCAUUAGCACAGAACUGAUUGUAAAGCCACGGAGUUGAAUGAGGUCUCCUGGGAAGAAAGUGCUAAUAUGGAAGAGAACAGGACUAAGGGCUAAAGCCUUGGCAUGCUGCAACAUUAUAGGUGGAACAAUGGCUUCAGAUUCAGCAAAGGAGAUUGUGGAGCCAUUAAGGGAAGGUGCAGGCUGGUAGAAAUAGGAGCAACAUGAAGAAACUGGCUCAGGAAGGAGGGAAUAGUCUCCUUUAAUGUUCUAGAAGUUGGAUCAGUUGAGUACAGCAAAGUGACCAUAGGAUUUGGGAACGUGGAAGUUACAGUUGACCUAGACAAGUACAGUUUUAGUGGAGAGGUGAGGAUCACGCUAAUUACAUGAGUUGAACAAAUGAGGAGACACCUCUUUUGAGAAUUUUUUUUGUUGGGUGGGUAAGUGGAGAAAAGGGAGGGAAAGAAAGAUGUGAAGAUGAAAUGAUGUGUAUGUGAAAUUUUUUUGUACAUGCUCCGUGAUAGGCCUAUUUUGUUAUUAUCGAACUCCUAGGAAUUUCAAACCAGCUCAGUGUGAAGAAUCAUGAAAACUAGGCUACCACUAGUCCUCAACUUCCUGUCUGUUAAGGCGCAGAGUAUCUCCACCCAAUGAAAAGCCAAGAAAUGAAGGGAAGGGACGGAUGGUGAACGCCGGCCGGAAUAGGAAGGGAGAAGGGAGGUUUUGCUGAGGUUAACGUUGACCUCGCAGGGCCACCGUAGGGCAGACCCUCGCAGCUAUUACGCUGUAUUAGGGGCGGGGCCGACAGGAAAUUUAAACCCGAGCCGCGGCCCGGGGCGCCUGGAGACUGGUCGCGUACUUGCGGGGAGGCCACGGCCACUCGGUCGUUUGAAAAAGCUCAUGGAGCCCGCGAAUACACUACGGAGACCUUGAGGAGGGAGCCAGGAAAGGGUGACGGCAAAUUCUCAGAGCUGCAGAGCUCUAUGGCUGAGAGUAGGCUCCGGGCUCCUAUCGUAGGGGCUCAACUGGAAGUUUCCAGUUGUCUGGAAAAAUGCCGGAUGAGCUGUGCAGAUGCCGGGAGGCAGCCCUUCUCUGGAAAGUCCUUUUAUCUGGAUCUGCCUGCUGGCAAGAGUCUCCAGUUUUUGACGGGGGCCAUCCAGCAGCUGGGUGGGGUAAUUGAGGGUUUUCUGAGCAAAGAAGUAAGUUACAUCGUGUCCAGCCGCAGGGAAGUGAAGGCAGAGAGCAGUGCGACAGGCCACAGAGGCUGCCCCAGUCCCAGCGAGGUCAGGGUGCAGACACCGUCCACGGCCCAUCCGAAGUGCGGCCACCCCCGGCCUCCACAGAAACCCACAGACUCGGUGCCUUUGAGCAGAGGGAAGGAGCUACUGCAGAAAGCCAUCAGAAACCAGGGGAGCAGCAGCGGAGGAGGUGGCGGGAGCAGCAACAGUCUCCUGACCAGUGCCCGCUCCUGGGGAGUGAGGAUCCUGCAUGUGGACGAAAUGAUGAUGCACGUGCAACAGCUGUCUCUUGACGCCUUGCGUGUGAAGAAACAGGGGCCAAAGAAGAAGCCAGAGGGAACGCGUCCAGCAGAGUCAAGAACGCGGAAAGUGGCCAGACUGAAGGCACCAUUCCUCAAAAUUGAAGAUGAGAGCAGGCAAUUUCGUCCUUUCCACCAUCAGUUUAAAUCCUUUCCUGAAAUUUCUUUUCUGGGACCCAAAGAUGCAAGCCCUUUUGAGGCCCCGAUGACCCUGGGCAGCUCGCAUCAUACCAGAGAACCCAAGGACCGAGAGCCAAGCCGGCGAUUGGCCACCCGCACCCCACCCAGGAGAAGGAAGGGCUUCUGUGAGUGCUGUCAAGAGGCCUUUGAAGAGCUCCACGCGCAUCUCCAGAGCGCCCAGCACCGGGGCUUUGCCCUAGAAGCCCACCCGUAUGCAGAAGUCGAUCGGGUCAUUGCCCAGCUCGGCCACAGCUUUGCUGACACCCCCUCGCAGGCCAGCCUCCCCAGGCAGCCAGGCUCCCCAUGUUCAGAUCGUGACCUGCUGUGUCCUGAGACUCCGCCUCCUAGCCAGCCCUGCCAUCCCAGGGCAGCAUCUCCCAGGAUGAAAGAGGAAGACGAGCAUCAGGCCCCAGGCACUCCAGAGCAGGAUGGGACGGUGGGCAGCAUGAAGGCAACCGAUGAACCUGUGGGGGCUGGUGAGAUGCUGGGACCAGUAGCAAGCUGCCAGGAGCUGGGAGGGUCAGUUCAUGUCAUUGCAGACCCCCCAGAGACACCAGUGUCCAGGAGCCCUGCACACCAGAGCCUCUUGACAAGCUCUGGUUCUACAGAACUCUCUGGCUCGGAUGUCGCACUUUUUGGCCACAAGCGGAAGAUUCGGCUCCCCAGUGGCAAUCCUGAAAAGAGGUCAGGGGUCUCCCGGCCACAGGCCUCAUUCUUUGUUCCAAGAGCCACCAGCCCUUGUGGCGCCAGGACAGCCAGUGGCGGGCACCCCCUCUUCCUUCCCCCUCCUGAUUGUGAGCACAGGCCUCUGGCCCCUCUCCUUCCCUGGUGCCACCCACAGACCUGCCUCCCCCUCCCCACAGAUGGGCCAGCAGAGUGCUGGGCCACACAGCCCCCUUGGCCAGGGGAGGACAGCCCCCUGGGAUCUGAGGAUUCUGAGUGUGCCGCCCCUGGCCCUGGCUGACCAGCUCCCUAGCUGCCCUGUGGCUCCAGGCCAGCUGUCAGCCCACCUGCACUCAGCAGCUGACGUGCAGCCUGCAGGAAGACCCGCAGAGAGCCCGUCUACCUCUGUCCCCUGCUCUCAGCCAGCGGGAGAGCCAGCUGCUCCCAAUGGUUCUGGGCCUCCCAGCCUCCCUGUCUCAGCCCUAGCCCAGUGCCAGCAGAGAACUGAUACCAUGAGUCUCCUGGGGCACGCAGUAGCUCUCUACUUGAGGGCCAGAUACACAGAAGUUAUACUCUGCUGAGUGCUGCACAGCCAGCAGGGGCCAGACCAAGCACAGGGAGGACAGCACCUCAGGGCCUCCCCACCAGAGCCAGAAGAGCCGCUGGCCUGGACUUUGAAGUCCAAGAGAACAGCAAUUGUCAUGUCCAAGCUCUGUAGGCUCGACAGAGCCAGUCCUCCCACUCACUGGGUCUUAGGUUAGGACCAAGAGAGUCUGGGCUGGGGGCUGCCCUCUACCCCUUCCUCCAGCCAGCUCCCUGACCAGGCAGCAAUCUGAUGGUCUUGCUCAUCCCUGCCAGCUGCCCACACCAGGAGGCAGAGGCAAGGUUGGCAUAGGGAGGGACCACAAAGGAUCUAGAACGGCAGGAGCCCUGGCCUGGCUUCCUGUCCCUCUGAAGGCACUUGCCUCUUGCAGAGCCGAGUUUUGGUGUUCCCCACCCCCACCCCAGCCUCCUUUCCCAGGAGCAUGUGGCUCUCCUGCUUUCUGAAAUGCCUGUUUGUCCCCUCCCCCAGCCCCCCACGCUCGUGCACACAGAUCCUCAGGAACAUACGAAGCAGAGGAGGGGCUGGGCUGCAGCACCUCCAGAGCUCCCUCGCCCCCCUGCAUUUGGUGGGAGCCUGGUGCUGAAAUGACCUUUCUCCUGAGCCCAGGAUAUGGCCAGAGCCCCCUCUGGGGACCCCUCUGCUCUUCCCUGGCUGCCCUCUGCCAUUUCUGCUCUUCCAGGGUCGGGAUUCACCUGCCAACUUCUGCAUCACCCUCUUCUCUCCCUCCUUCCCCAAGGACCUCCCCCCAUUUCUUUCAGCCAAGCCAUUAAUCUGGAGACGAGAUGGGUUUGCUAUUGAUUCUUUGGCCACUUUUUUUUUUUUUUUUUUUUUUUUACAUUUUGUGCUGUGGUUCUUCUCACCCUUCUCUGCGUCUGUGUGUUUGUUUCUUUAAAUGUUGAAGCUACAAGAAGCCUGGUGCUAUUCUGUGUCUCAUUUUGGAGGAAGAAAGGGGGGCCUCGCUGUGGGUGAGGACCUGAGUUGUUAGUUUGGAAAUAGAGCAACUGUGUGUACAGCCCUCAUAGAGGUCAUGUUUGGCCUUUUUAUGCCAUUCCUGUUAAAUUUCACAAUUAAUCUUGGUUCAGGAACUGUAAAUAAAUUUGUUAAUAACAAA